UCACUCUCUUUUUAAGCGGAUGCCUGCCGGAAACUGAAAAAGCUUCAUACUCUUUGGCUCUUUCGGUAAAAGUCACGUAGGUUUCGAAAUACAAUCAAGCAAAUCACGACGCUUCAAAUCAAGAUUGGAGAAAGCUUCCGAAUUUGAAACGGCACCCAGCAAGCAUGCAGGCCACAAUUAAAGCCUCUCGCAGUGACACCAUCCGCACGGUGGCAAAGGACUUCCUCUCAUUUGUCAACAAGGGACCGUCACCUUACCAUGUGGUGGAGGAGUGCAAGGUUCAGCUGAAGCUGGCGGGAUUCCAAGAGCUCAAGGAGACUGAGCAAUGGGACAUUGCGCCAGCAAACAAGUACUUUGUGACUAGAAACUACUCGACGAUCAUCGCGUUUGCCGUGGGCGGGAAGUACAAGCCAGGGAAUGGGUUCAGCAUCAUCGGAGCUCACACGGACAGCCCCUGUCUCAGGGUAAAACCACGCUCGCGGAAGCUGAGUGCCGGGUGCCUGCAAGUGAGCGUGGAGUGUUACGGAGGAGGCAUCUGGAACACGUGGUUCGACCGGGACCUCACCGUGGCUGGCCGCGUCAUUGUCAAGAAUGGCGACAAGUUGGAGCACCGUCUCGUACACGUGGAACGGCCGAUUCUUCGCAUCCCUCACCUAGCCAUCCACCUGCAGAGGGAUGUCAAUGAGAGCUUUGGCCCCAACAAACAGCUCCACCUAGUGCCAAUUCUGGCCACGUCCAUCCAGGAGGAGUUGGAGACUGGCGCUAAAAGCAGCAGCAGCGAUGUCAGCAGUGCGGUGAAAACAGCAGAUAAGCACCACCCCGUGCUCCUCUCCAUCCUCUGCGAGAGACUCAAGGUUGACCCCGGUGACCUCCUCGACUUUGAGCUCUGUCUGGCGGACACGCAGCCCGCGGCCCUGGGUGGAGCCUUUGAAGAAUUCAUUUUUGGGCCACGGCUGGAUAAUUUGCACAGUUGUUACUGUGCCAUGCAGGCUUUGAUCCAGUCGAGUGUGGCUGGCGCCUCCCUUGACAACGACCCCAACAUCCGCAUCGUGACACUCUUUGACAAUGAGGAGGUCGGCUCGGAGAGCGCGCACGGCGCCGCGUCCAACCUCACGGAGAUGAUUCUCCGGCGGCUGGCGUCCAGCGCCUCCAACCCCGUGGCGUUCGAGCAGGCGGUGCCCAAGUCGCUGAUCAUCAGCGCCGACAUGGCGCACGGCGUGCACCCAAACUACGCAGACAAGCACGAAGAGAAUCACCGUCCAAUGUUCCACAAGGGCCCCGUGAUCAAGUUCAACAGCAACCAGCGCUACGCCACCACCGCCAUCACGGCAGCACUCGUCAGGGAGUUGGCGGCCAAAGCCGAUGUCCCGUUGCAGGAUGUGAUGGUGAAAAACGACAGCCCAUGUGGCAGCACCAUCGGACCAAUCCUGUCCGCUCGUUUGGGCAUGCGCGUGCUCGACAUCGGGGCGCCGCAGCUCUCCAUGCACUCCAUACGCGAGAUGUGCAGCACCUCGGAUGUGCUGCUCAGCAUCCAGCUGUUCCACGCCUUUUUUGAGCACUUCCCCUCUGUGAAUGCCUCCCUGAUCGUGGACUGAGAUGGCGAAGGGCAGGGUUUGGACUGCGAAGGUGCCGUGUUGGAACACAACAAGUCGCUCGCUUCCCAUUAACAAAGGCCCUUCUUCAAGACUUAAUCUGCCCUGAGAUUCUUGUUAUUUGAAAUAUCACUUGCCAACGAAAACUGGUGCUUUACAAUACAUAUUUCUUCCAAAUAUAAAAAACACGUGACUUAAUUUGUUAAUUAAGUUGUCAUUGUAUGAAAACCGGCAUGUUGUUAAAAUGUGAAACUGCAUCGACUUUUAAGUGGGGACUAAACGUUGAUAUGACUUUAAUAAAACCAAAUAAUGUUCUGCUACCCUCAGAUUAAUUCAAAUGUUUUCACACAGUGGUUGUCCUUUACCCUCCGCACCUCCGAUUAGUACAGUUGGCUGCGUACCGUGCAAAAUAAUAAGUUCUACACACACGUACGAGACAUCACUUCCAUUUAACACUAUCUUCACACCCUUCUCUCUACCACAGAGUAUUAAUGAACCAAAAACACCGGGUUUGUCCACUGCAAUUUAUUUUGACAAUAGAUUUUAAUAGAAUAACUUUUUUCUCUCCAAACAUUGACAUUUUAAUUUUCUUCAUACAUAAAAAAAAAUAAACUUUCUUUGGCACUUGCUGAUUGCUAUUUA